AUGUCUCUGACCAAGACCGAAAAGUCUAUCAUUGCCACCAUGUGGAGCAAGAUCGCCACACAGGCUGAUUCCAUUGGCACUGAGGCCCUGGAAAGGCUCUUCACCAGCUACCCCCAGACCAAGACCUACUUCCCCCACUUUGACCUGCACCCUGGCUCAGCCCAGCUGCGUGGCCACGGCUCCAAGGUGGCCAGUGCUAUUGGGGAUGCUGUCAAGAACAUUGACAACAUUGAAAGUGCCCUGUCCAAGCUCAGUGAGCUCCAUGCCUACAUCCUCAGAGUGGACCCUGUCAACUUCAAGUUCCUAUCUCACACCUUCCUGGUUACUAUUGCUGCCCACUUCCCUGCUGACUUCACUGCGGAGGCCCAUGCUGCCUGGGACAAAUUCCUUUCCAUUGUGGCUUCAGUCCUGACUGAGAAGUACAGAUAA